AUGGCAGCUAAAAAAAAGACAGAAGUGGUGGAAAAGGCUGUGAAAAAGCCCAGUAGAAAGCCAUCAUCUCCACAAGUAUCGCUUGCAAUUCCAUCAACUAUAAUAUCGCGUACUAAUGCUGCCAACUUAGAACAUGUGACCCAUAUAGCAUACCAGGUAGCCAAAGCUGCUGCAACAUUCAACGUGAGUGAGAUUGUAAUUAUAGAUGUUCCCAAUGAGAAAGAAGAAAGUUACGAUUCCAGUGUGGUGCUAAAGGGAGAUAAAGGUGGAACCAAACUUAAGUUCGAUGACGAUGAAGAAACCAAGAAGAUGGAUUCAAAAGUGGCUUCUAAUGAAAAUGUUAAUAAUGAGCCUCAAUUAAAGGAUAUGCGUACAUUUGAUAACGGUGUCCUCUUUGCAACUUUAUUGCAGUUUUUUGUCACACCUCCAUAUCUUGUUCAAACGGUUUUUGCCAAAAACCAAUAUAAAAAUAAGUUUGGAGUAGCUAAGAAGCUUCCCAAAAUAUCAAUGUUACCAUUCAUGUCGAACAAUGAGGUGUAUCGUAGUUUCAAAGAAGGCCUCACAAUUGCUAAAAGAACACCACAAACCCUGAACAAGAGAAAGAAGGUCAAAGGUUCAAAAUUAAGUGUUACCAAAUAUGUGAACAUUGGAGAGAAAGAACCCUUAGAAUUAGUUGGUCAGGAUGUUCCUGUUAAUGUAAGAGUCACUGUUGACAUUGCAAAUAAGAAAGUCGUGAGUCCUCUUGAAGCAUACGGAUUUCAAGGAUGUAAAGGAACAUUUGGAUAUCAAGUUCGUCAUGCUAGGCUGCUUAGUGCGGUUUUCACAGGUUCUGGAUUUGAAGAUGGUUAUACUUGCUCAUUGCAUGUUUUAUGCCAAGACUAUUUUGGCAACUCAGUUGUAUCUACAGAACUGAAACCACCAUCUAAUAGCAAAGACAGAGUUUUAUUGGUGUUUUCGAAUGAUAGAGAAUUGGAAGCUUUGAAGAAGGCAGACUCGCAAUUGAGUUCCAUAGACUCUGUGAGUCAAUUGUUUGAUGGUAGGAUUAAUGUUCCAACAGCAGCCCGUGUAGAAGAUGCUGUUUUCAUUGCAUUAACUCGCUGUCUAGGGAAUUGA